CCCGCCUGCUCAGCUCGGCCAUAUUUUCUGUCUGAGCUGGCCAUGACAGACUACCAGCCGCUCGUGGUCGCGAAACACCCGCGACCAGCACCCGCGAAGCACAACGUUGAGUCGCGGUAUUGGAGGCAGUUCAAGAACCCCGUAUUCAUCAAGGAAUACGCGCCAGUCACCUCUGUGCACUUUUCGCCAUCAAAGCCGCACAGAUAUGCAGUCACCGCUGCAACUCGGGUGCAGAUAUAUGCCCCAAGGACACAGAAGGUGACAAAGACAAUCGCGAGGUUCAAGGACGUAGCGCGCAGUGGUUGUAUCAGAGGAGACGGCAAGCUCGUUGUGGCGGGAGACGACAGUGGUCUCAUACAGGUGUUCGACAUCAACUCUCGCGCGAUUCUGCGUACCCUCGAUUCACACAAACAGCCUGUCCAUGUCACCAAAUUCUCUCCCCUCAACCAUACCCAAGUGCUCUCCUGCUCCGACGACACAACCGUCAAGCUGUGGGAUGUCCCCUCUCAGGAAGCUAUCUGCACCUUCACCGAGCACACGGACUACGUCCGCACUGGCCAAGUGCACGCCUCCAAUCCGCAUCUCAUACUGACAGGCUCCUAUGAUGCAUCCAUGCGGUUAUUCGACUCUAGAACAGGAGAUUGUGAAAUGGUGAUGGGCGGGCCGUCUGGAGAAGGAGGGGGCCGGAAUGCUGCGCCGGUGGAACAGGUCCUCAUGUUUCCCUCGGGUACGGUCGCCCUCUCCUCCGCAGGGCCCAUUCUGCGAGUUUGGGAUCUCGUCGCAGGAGGGCGGUGUACGCGCGCUCUGUCGAACCACCAAAAGACUGUGACGGCCAUGACGUUUGACUCGAAUGCGAGCAGACUAUUGACCGGCGGACUCGACCAAAUGGUGAAGGUGUACGACGUGAGCACGUACAAGGUCGUGCAUACUAUGCGGUACCCUGCACCUAUCCUUUGCCUUGCGAUCUCGCCCGACGAGACACACAUUGCUGCAGGCAUGACGGACGGCACCCUCUCCGUACGCCGCCGGCAACCCAAGGUGUCCGAGACAGCCUCAAACGAUCUUCUAUCCAAUGCAGCCCUCAAAGCGGGUGCAUUUGAAUCUCUACUCGGCGGCACAUUGCCUUCAAUAGGACAGGGCCGGGUACAGGACAAGACAAAGUCAAAACCCGUCGGCGAUGUGGACGAGUUCAAGGUGGAGAGCAGACGAAAGAAGAGGCUGAGAGAUUAUGACAAGAUGCUAAAGAAUUUCAAGUACACAGCAGCCUUAGAUGCCGUGCUUGACAAGCAAGUCCCUCCAACAACCACCUUUUCCGUGAUCCAAGAGCUCAUCCAUCGUGACGGUUUGCGCACAGCGCUUGCCGGGCGUGACGAUGUGAUGCUCGAGCCCGUUCUCCGUCUUCUGCUCAAGCAUAUCACCGACCCACGGUUCGGGGAAAUGGUCUGCGACGUUGCUAGUCUUGUAAUUGACAUGUACACACCAAUCCUGGGCCAGUCUCCACUCAUUGACAUCCUCUUUGCCCGUCUUCGGAAGAAGGUAACAGCCGAGCUCCGUUUCCAGAGAGAGCUCGUCAAGACAAAGGGCGCCCUGGACAUGCUCCUGUCAUCCGCCGCUCUCCUUGCUAUCUCCUGAUACCCACCGCAAUAUUUACACCUGUUCUCGUAAUCCUCGUGGUUCUCUGAGGAGACUGCAGCAUCCGAUCAUGCAAGAGUAUUGUGGUAGUAUCGUCAGCAUCCCUCGAGGAAUGCUAUUAGAUUCCGCAGGAUCUCCUUGCGGGACAACGCGCCGUCCUCCUCGCCACCCGUGUCCUCCUCGUUGAUGUUGUCGUGGUAGAUCUGCAGUGUGCCGAUGAUGUCCUUGAGGGAAUUGUUUUUCCGCUUGAGCAUUUGCUGCACGUGUGCUCGGAUGCCGUCGUCUUCCAUGACAAUCCAUGCAAGAAUGUAGUCC